GGGUAUCGACGGCGUUUAACGAGGUAAUGUUUUGUUCGCAGUAGUGUGAGGAUAACAAGCCAGCGGAUCUGAGUUGCGGUUACAAGCCCUUGUCAGGCGACGGCUGAUAAAACUGAAAACAUUUGCAGCAGUUUCUCAGAAGAUUUCUGGUUUAACGGCGACGAAGAAACAAGCUUUUCUGUCGGCGUUGUUGGUCUUCACGGAGUCGUCGGGUUGGAGUUUGUCUGAAAUUUCUCUGCUGUCCGUGGAUUAACGCAAGACUCGACUCCGAAGCGCUGUGAUAUCAAUUUAAGUGUAAAAAUGUGGAUUAUGCUCCUGCAUCACGUGUGAAUAUUUGCCUUUUGGAGGCUGCUUGUUUCCCGGUUUGUGGGUAACGUUAACAUAAACUCGAAAUUCAGUUAAGUCCGGGCAAGACCCAGCGGACACUUGUUGAAAUACAAUUUACCGAGCAAACCUUUGCCCAACCGCUCGUGAGCUUUGCUAACGUUAGUAGCCAGAUUCAGCUAAAGUGGCUAACAACUUUCUCUUAACACCAGGCUAAAUCUUUAGGUACGAAUUGCUUCUAAUACAUGUCCGUUUGAUGUUGACCGAGGUCGAGUGUCGACAAGUUGGCAAAGUGCGUUUGUCAAAACUGUUGAGAUGACACUGACAGCAGCUUAGCUAACUUGGCUAGCUGCAGCUGUUCUCUGGCUCUCCGUUCACCUCCAACGUUAUGUUAGCAGUGACAGCUAACGUCAUGUUAACGUUAGAUUCAAACAAGUGGUUCGCUGGAAAUAUGUCAAUAUGAAGUUAUAUUGUACCAUUAACUUAUUUUUAUCAGCACGUCAGUCUUAGCGAAAGUUGUUAUAAUUAACUUGCAAACACAGAUCAUUUGAAUAGGCUUUAUUUACUCCGCUCUCUAGGGAUAAGAAAACAACUUUUAUUAACGGGCGCUUUAACGUUAGCUUAGCUACGUUAGCUACUAACUAGCUCGGCUUACAGUAACACACUCAGUCCUGAUACUGCAGCCAGCAGAGUUGACUCUGAAUUAACUUUGGCCGACCAGUAAUGUGCGCUAUGUUUUUAAAAGACUCAUGGAUCCACUGCAACGCUCACUGAGAGACUUUAACAAAUAGACUCCCGGCACCGUCUUCCACUUUUAAGUAGCUGAAGUUGUAAAACUGCGGCCCGCGCAAUGUCCGGCUCCCCGGGCACAGGUGGCUCAAACCCCAGGAAGUUCAGCGAAAAGAUAGCGCUGCACAACCAGAAGCAAGCAGAGGAGACGCGAGCCUUUGAGCAGCUGAUGACAGACCUCACUGUUUCAAGGGUGCAGUUUCAGAAGAUCCAGCAGCUACGUUUGUCUCAGUCACGGGCGCAGUACUAUGGAGGCUCUCUGCCUAACGUCAAUCAGAUCGGCAACACCAGCACUGAAUUUCAGGGUGGCUUUCCGUCAGGGUUGGACUCGGUCAGAGGGACCCGCCACCAUGGGCUGGUCGAGAGGGUUCACAGGGACCGCAACCGAAUCAACUCUCCCCAUCGCCGACCCAUUGACAAGCACGGACGGCAGUUAGAGAGUUCUCCGUAUGGAGCCGUGUACCUGUCCCCACCUCUGGACAACAACUGGAGAAGGGAACAGCAGCCAUGGACUGAGGAAAAACGGCCUGGGUUUAGAUUAAUAUCACAACUCAACAGAACCAACUCAGACUCUGCUCUCCAUACGAGCGCUAUGAACCCAAACCCUCAGGACCCCUUUGGCAUGAACCAGCAGAUGGGUCGAGGUCCCCCCCAGCGCAAUGGCUCGCAUGCAGCUAGUGUAAAUGAGGCAGAUGUGGACGGCUCCGGAAAUGUCUUCUCCUUCCCCUCCCUGCCCAACGAUGAGAGUCUAAUAGGUGUCAGUAAGCCCCUUCCCAAGCAGCUGUGGGAGGCCAAGAAGGUCCAGUCUCUGGCAUCAAGGCCUAAAUCAUGUGAAGUGCCUGGAAUCAAUAUAUUCCCGUCUCCGGAGCAGAACCCUGGUCUGUCCCACUACCAGGGCUUGUUAAAUACUGGCGGCUCCCUGCCCGACCUCACCAACCUGCACUUCCCGUCACCACUCUCCACCCCGCUGGACCCUGAGGACAAUGGAGGGUACCCCAACCUCAGCGGGGGCAGCAGCACCGGAAAUCUGCCAGCCGCCAUGAUGCACCUAGGCAUCGGCAACUCACAGGGUCUCUCCUCCUCUCUGAGCAAUCCCUCAAUUCAGGCGUCCCUCAACAACUGCCAGAUGCAGUCGUCGCUCAGCAAUCCCACCAUCAACUCAUCCCUGCGUAUGUCCAACAACUCCCCUCGGCGACGGCCCACUCCCAUCAGCCCCCUCACCCUGUCUCCUGGCACAGAGCAGCGGAGGGGUCUGGCCAAGCAGCUGUCUCCCACCAUGUCCCCCUCACUGUCCCCCAUCACACAGGGAGUUGCUUUGGAUACUUGCAACAUGCCAAGAGAGCCGCCCCCACCCUAUCCGCUCUACCAACAAUCUCAGCAUGCAGUGGACCAGGGCCGACAAUGCCAGCAGCAGCAGCAGCAGCAGCAGCAGCAACACCACCAACAACAACAACAACAACAACACCACCAACAGCAGCAGCAACAACAACAACAGCAGCAGCACCACCAACAGCAGCAGCAACAACAACAACAGCAACAGCAGCAACAACAGCAGCAGCAGCAGCAACAACAACAGCAGCAACAACAACAACAACAACAACAACAACAGCAGCAGCAGCAACCUGUUUCCCCCCUUCAGAGCGUCCCAAUGGAUUUCAACUCGAGCCAACACAACAUGGCAACACUCUUCAGCGACCCCUUCAUGGAACCACAGUACUCCAAUCGCCAGCGCAAGACCCUCCCUUAUCAGUUGGACCAGUUCACUUUGUUGGAAAACGCGAUGAGCUCCACAGCGGGGGGUUCUUGCUUCGACCCUUCCUCCUCUUCCUCCUUGCUCUACUACUCCCAGGCUGCCCUCUCAGGGCUGGGUGGCAGCCAUGGCAGCCUGCAGGACCCAAUGCACAUGAGGUCCAACAUGCUGUACUCCAACUGCAGCGGAGGACUGCCCAACAUCAUACUCACUGAUGACUCCAACCCCAGUCUGUCAAAGGACAUCAGCAGUGCACUCUCUACGGUGCCUGAAUGUUUUGACUCAGAGGGAGGCUUCCCCUUGGAGGACGAGCUGCGUAUCGAGCCCCUCAGCCUGGAUGGUCUGAGCAUGCUCAGUGAUCCCGACAUGGUGCUGCCGGACCCAUCUGUGGAGGAUACUUUCCGCAGUGACAGACUCUGAACAUAGAGAGCGUCACAGGCUUCAAGAAAGUGAACGCACACACGGAUUUGCAGUGUACAGAGUGUACAUAUCUGAAUAUAUGCAUGCAAACAAUCUCUGUAGGGCCACUGCGCAUGCAUCCACUGCCACUAAGAUUAAAUGUGAAAGACAUAACACCAUGUGCACGAUCAUACACACACACUUUUUAAGGAGACUUGUGAACAAACACUGUUUACACCUGCUUCAUGCAAAGUCCAGCUCUGAGUCUGCUCCUCCUCCAGACCGCUUCUCCCCCUCGAACCAAAAAGACUUAGACGAGCAUGUGAGACGACCCUGCGAGGAGCCGAAAACCUCCCGCUUCUUUCUCUCAUCACCAGCUUACAGCCCCCCUGAAGCCAUGGCAACCUCAUCGCCAUGGUUACACACCAUAGCAACCCCAUCGCCAUGCUGAAGAGCAGCAGAAAUGCCAACACACAAUUUACUUUUCUUACAGCUCCAGUAAAUGAGGGAAUGGGAGUCCAGGGCUGUUCUGUAGUUACUGUUCACAGCUGGAGCAGUGGCAUGUCGGUGGUGAAACAUCUGGCAGCCCAGUUUUCUUCAGGUGAAGUAAAAAACAGCUGUGCCGUGGCUACUUCAGGCUGUUGAACAAUCGUAGAAAUGAAGACUAGAGGAGCUUAUGUUUUAAAUGUAUUUCUUUACAAAUGGUAUCAGAUUAUUUUUGAGAUGUUUGCCACAGAGAGAGAGAGAGAGAGAGAUAUGCCUCAAUUUCAGCCUGAUUAGAAUGUAUUUUCAAACUAGAAACAAAAAGGGCAAACUGUUUACAAAGAUGAGAUUUUAAUAAGUAAAUAUUACUUAAGAGAGUACAGAUUUUUGAAUUUCUAAUCAAGAAAUAAAAUUCUAAGAUGUAUUGAAUAGAUGCUAUAUUUUUCCUUGUAAUUUGGAUGGAUAUCCCCCCCUCUCCUCGCUCACAGAUGAGUCAGCUGUGAUUUCCUUUGGCAGAACUCUCACAGCACUGGGACGGCGUCACAAUCCCUUUUUAAAAAGGAGCUUCACAUCUUUAGUUGCUUUUGAAAAUACUUCUAUGUACAUUCAUUGCAUAUGUUUUAUUUUACAUUUUGUACUGACUUGUAAUGGCGCUUGUACUGUACUUUAAAUCUUGUUGUGAAUAAGGGCAUGCGCCGUGCUACUGUGGAUUGAUUAUGUCCUGAAUAUCUUUUUGCAUCCAGCUUUCUGUCCUCGUGUUACAGCAGUACAGUAACCCCCCUCUGUGGCUGAACAGUCAAAGUGACUCAUUCAGAGAGCAGACUGUAAUCAUGUGGACAUCGGACAUCAUGUAACAUUGCACUUAACCUCUUUUGCACUAAUUGGUUCACAGUGUGUAGACUAAUAUUUUUACACCUGGUAAGAGUUUUUUUUUUUUUUUUUUUUUUUAACCUGAUAACCCAAAGAAGUUGAAUGAAUCCAUUAUUAAGAAAAGUGAGACUUUAUGUGACUAUCUAUCUAUCUAUCUUUAUAUAUAAAUAGUCACUGCACAUACACACAUUUAAAAACACCAGCAAUGGGUGGUUAAUUUUGAUAUGAUGUGAGAAAUUUUAUUUUCUGGGCUUUGGUCCUACAGUGAUGUUUUUGUAAAGAGCGCAUAUUUACAGGUGAUUAUGUAAUAACUCGGCCUUUUAGGGCAUGGAGUGCCCCCUACUGUCUCUUUUUAAUAAAGUCAAAGAGCUAUUUUUAAUAUUGCUUCUGAAAAGCAAAUUUCUUACUUUGCUCCUUUAGCUAUGCAACUUUUUUGAAUAAAGUGAAACCUGUUGAACAGGUACAACGUGUACAUUAUGCAGUGUAACAUGGCUUGCAGGUUAAUUUUGUUAUGUUCACAAUGUGGGGGAUCAAAUUUGCUAGAAAUCACAAUAUUACAUGUGUCCAGUGUCCACAGUGUGUGUUGGCUCUCAGUCAAUUAGAUGAGUGUCUGCUCCUGCAGGAUUUGCAUCUAACUGAUCAACAGUCAGAGAACAAGAGCAUUUGUAGUGAAUGAUUUUAAAGGAACUCGUGCAACAUUUUGGAUUGCAGGCAAAAUGGUGCAUGGCACUGUUUGUGUUUAUUUUUGUGUUUUACUUUUCAGUCAGAAGAUGUCAUACCUGCACUGUGUGGACUGUGCGUUCUUUCUGAGAGUAUGAAAGAGACUCGUUGUGAUUAUUUGUCAAAUACAAAAUGAAGAGGGGUGUUGGGGCUAUCGUGAUGUUGUUUUAUAAGAGUUUAUAUUCAGUUUCAGCUAUUAUACAUGUUUACCUGCUCUCUCGUUAACUCUGUAAAACAGUGUGUGAGUGAUGGAGCCACUUUGCAGUUGAAUUUUCCUUUGUUUAUAAUGUUUUGUUUUGUCUGUUCCUCCUUCUGUCCCAGCCUGUUUCCUGCUGUCUAAACGCCUGCCUUCUGCUGCCUUACUUUGUUGUAUUUUGACUUUUCAUAUUCCAGCAGUAAUCUGUAACAGCUAGUAAUAACUUCCCUUUAGCUUUAGCUUUGUUUGGUACUAACUGCCCAUAGUUCUUUUCUGUCACUUAGUCUCACUGUUUCGUUUGUUUGUUUUUGUGGUGUCUUACUUUUUUAGUUGCAUAUUAAAAUGUACAGUUCUGUUAUUUAAAGAAUGUCUUUUCCACUAGUGUUACUACUUUUUUGUAAUGUCAUUUGAGUUUGUUUUUCCCCAAGAUAUAACAUUUUCUUGGUUUGUAACGUAUGUUAUAGUGCUUAUCUUCCUGAUUUAAUAUAAACAAUAAAACUCUAUACUGUGUA